AUGGCUGAGCAGUCCACUUCCGUCCCAACCUCUUCCGGUACGGACUGGGACCCUUCGCUUCCGCCCCGGUAUCCGUACUACGGCCUGACCUUGCCCCCAGUCAACGGAGAGAGUCUCAAGGUACCGGCGAUCAUGAAGUUGACCAAGGCCCUAGGUCUGAUCGAUGACGCUACCGAGAAGCAGGCAUUGUACCAGGUUGCAGCGGAUCUGAAGACCCUCGACGACGUUGCUCACGAGUCCACCGCCUCGCUUGCUACCAUGGUCGUCCUGAACGCUCUACGGGACCUCUCACGCCAGCACACUGAUGAGCCGGGACAGCCCUUCUGGAAGUCCGAGGCCAUCGAGGACCAAGCGCAGUCAUUGAUCUUUCGCGGUGCAGUCCAAACGCUGUCAACCAUGAAUCCAGCAUUCGGGCGGUGGAUGCAGACCUGCUGGAUUAAGCGACGGCAAUACAUGGAGACGAUUGGACGUGAUUACUGCGCUUACGUUCAUGACAUACUCUUGCCCGAGACGGCAUUGAUCGCCAGUCUUCUCGAGGACGAGAUACCUCAAGGGCCGGGGAGUCGGGGGAUGGCCGCCGCUACGAAAUCCAUCACCACCGGCGCCACAUCUUGCACCGCGCCUUACCUCUUGCGAUUCAAGCGGCGCAUGCAAGCCACGGAGAGCCUACAGAAGCUGAAGUCGCGGGUGGAUGCACUGGACCCAGAAGAGACGGAUGCAGCCUUUGUCGAAUUGAGGAAGAUCUUUACCAAAGUGCACGAGUACGAGAACAAGGUUGCAAGCUACUGUACCCAAGACCCCCUGAACCCGUCAGGUCAAGAUGCCUACAUGACAGCGAUGUAUGGUCCGUGCCUCGUCGACAGUUGGAAGAGCGUCUCGAGUGCCUCUGCCGGAGGUGAGCCAUUUGUCAAGACAUCUGCGAGAGAGGGUUUGGAGAAAGAGCACACAAUUGUCAGGGUCAUUCGGACCGACUGCAAAGACCCGGAUAUCGAAUUCUCUGCCGAUCUGAAAGGCAUGCUGGAGUACACGAGAAGUGAGCAGUUCAAGCCUUAUCUUGCGGAGAUGUGGGAGGACAGGCUGGAGGAGCUGAGCCGGACGUCCGGUGCGGAAGGAAUGACUGGUCAGACUGCCACCUGA